GUAUGUAUAUUGCUUGAUUGUUCUACCCUGUUCCCACUCUCCCUACCCCCCGUGUUCUGUGAUUACCGGGACUUCUCAAGUACCGCAUCAGUUUAGACUGAUGUCGACGGAACAGGACACCGGGGGACUGCCACGACGCAGUGCCAGAAUCGCAGUUCGUGCCCGCCCUGCAGUACCUCCAAGACCGAAGAAACUCAGCAGACGGACGACUUCAGCAGCAUCAAGUACGACAUUGACGGUACAAAAUGCCACCGGAGAUCAUCCCGCAUACCCAGUCCGAGGAGCCAACGAGCCAGCGGCUGAUUAUCGUGGGCGGCUACUGGCAUUUUCAAAAGUCGUAGCUGCCGUCGAGGCCCGGAAGGAGAUAGCAGAGGCAGAACGUCAGCGGCUAGCCAAUGAAGCGGCAGCCGAAGCUCAGCGAACGACUGAGACUGACGCAGCGACACGAGACAUACGGAAUGCCAGCAGCACGGAGUCCUUGAUUGCUUGUGAGCAUCAGUGGACGACGRUACUCCAAGACAUGAUCUUUGUGCCUACAGAAGCGCAGGCAGACCCGACACCGGCGGAGGCAGAGAGAAGUAACCUGGCUAACUUGCUGCUGGGCAUGAUGAGAGGUAUUAUGUGGAAUAAUACACUGCUGCAGUCACAUCUGCGCACGGACGCGACGCAGCGACAAACAUACGAGAAUGAUAUAACUACGUUAACAACUGCUAUCCGCACAGAGGCAACGCAGCAGCAGCAACAGCAUCAACUGUUGAAUUCCACUAUCACACGCGUCAACAGCAUAGAGGCUAACACCUCAGCAGCGCCAGGCUGCACGACAGACGUGAYGAAGCAACUCAACGAGCGCAUCGAUCACGUCGUCACCAUCAUCGGCGACAUAAGUACGUUCACUGGACCAGACUCGAUCAGCAGCAUGGUGGCCGCCAUCAAGACGGACCUCACCAAGCUACAGACGAGACCAGAAGCCGCUACAAAGACAAUUCGCGACGCCAUUGCUCGGAAUUACGUCGAGGAGAUGGACCUUGUAUUCUUGCAUGCUCUCCCCUCGCCGGACGGACCAGCCGCGUCAGCGCCGGACCCACGCAUUUCUCACCUCUUGGACGAGUAUAGAGACGUCUUCGAGGCUCCCACCGGAACGGUUCCGGAUCGGCCCAUACGUCACGGGAUCACUCUCGAGGCAGGCGCCGUCCCUCCGCGUGGAUGUAUCUACCGCAUGAGUGAAGAGGAACUCGAAGUGCUUCGCGCACAACUCGAUGACCUUCUUGACAAGGGCUGGAUUCGCCCUAGUUGCUCGCCAUACGGUGCACCGGUUCUCUUCGUCCGGAAGAAGAACAAAGAUCUACGGUUAUACAUCGACUAUCGAAAACUUAACGCACAAACCGUAAAGAACGCCGGCCCUCUCCCUUGGAUUUAUGAUCUCCUUGAGCGGUUAGGCGGCGCGACGUACUUCUCGAAGUUGGAUCUGAAGUCAGGUUACCACCAGACUGAAAUCCAGCCUCAAGACCGGUACAAGACCGCGUUCAAGACGCGGUAUGGGCAUUUUGAGUGGGUGGUCAUGCCAUUUGGCCUCACCAAUGCCCCCGCAACGUUUCAAGCAGCGAUGACGACUGAGUUUCGCGACUUGCUCGAUCGCAGCGUCCUCAUCUACCUUGAUGAUAUCUUGGUUUAUAGUAGGACGUUGGACGAGCACAUCGUACACCUUCGCGGUGUUUUGAAUCGUUUGCGACUAGCCAAGUACAAAGCGAAUCUCGACAAGUGCGAAUUCGCCAGGCAAGAGCUUGAAUACUUGGGCUAUUUUGUCACGUCGAAAGGCAUUCGUCCCUUAGCGGACAAGAUCCAAGCCAUCGUGGAUUGGCCGGAAACCCGUUGCACGACGAAUGUACGCUCUUUCAUGGGUUUGGCUGGAUACUAUCAGCGAUUCGUCGAGUCAUACUCGAAAGUGGCCGCUCCUUUGUCAAGACUUCAGUCCCCGAAGUUCAUGGGUGUACCAACUGAGCUAGGCUAGAUGGUAAAUCAUUUGUUUCCAUCGGUUCUGCACUGCAAUUGCAGCUAAGACGA